GAUAAUAUUACUCUUGAUGACCUUAAUUCUGGUCUCAAUAAGCUUUCUUUUGGUGAUACUUCUUCAGAUAGUUGUAAUUCUGAAGAUAAUCCUUUCGAGCCUUUUAAUCUGGAGUAUGAUUCUUUUGAUGUUUAUCGCUCUCAAGAGGAAAGAGAAGAUCGUAUUAAUACUCAAUUUUAUUCUGAUA